AUGAGAAGAGCUCUGAAGCUCGCAAUCGGCAUCGCGAGUUUUGUCGGUAUUUUUUCAGUCAUUUUCUUCCCAGCGUAUUUUGUUGGGCGAGAGAAAACAACAACAACCGUUUCGCCUCCUCUUACGACAACAACGAUUGAAACAACAACCGAGGAAAGCUCAGGCAUGAUGCCAGAAGAAUUGAACACUUUUGAGCGAAAUCAUGGAAGAGUACUGGGCGCAGAUUUCUGA